AUGGCCUCAGACCCAGAAUCUUCCUCGCUGGAAGAGGCUUAUGCGAAUGAGACCGACGGGCCAGGGCCGGCCAUCCUGGAAGAGCCCAUCGCGGCGGACCCAGGCUCUCCAAGCACACGACCAGGAACGCAGCCACUAACCCAACCUCACAUGAAUAGUACUCUCGGUGUUAUUGUCCAGAAUGAGCCCAUUCAUGGGCCUGGUUCCUUUCAACCACCAGUCAUUCACAUGCCUUUACCAUCACGACUUCCUCUAAACCUCCCAUUUUUACCUCAAGCCCCGACGACCAUUGCGGCACCAUUCGCUGCACCACCCGUCAUCUCAGGCUGGUUUCAACCUCCUUCCACCAACCUCUACAACACUUCUAACAACCCUUUCUUUCAAACUGCGACGAACUAUCCUAUGACAGCCAUGGAGGCCAUUGUCCCUUUCGACCCGACCUCGGAUCCUCCUUUCGGGGACCGUACUCAGGCCUACAAGCCACGUCCGCAUGGAGUAAUCAAGAUCAAGAACAUUCCCUAUGGCCUUACCAUGGCGGAAGUGCAGCAGUUCAUCUGCAAGCACGUCCAUAUCGAAGACUUGAUCAAACCUCACGAGGAGGGAUUUCCGAUUCACAUCAUCAUGGAACGCUCUACUGGAAAGACUAUGGAUGCUUAUGUUGAAACAAUUACUCAAGAGAUUGCAGCUCAAGCCUGGGAGCAUGGUUUCGGUCUUGCCCGCAUGCGCCACCCAAAGCUUGGACAGCGCCAUGUCACAGUUGAGUUGAGUGACCAAGCCGAGUUGAUGAAAGAUCUGUUUCCGAGAGCUCGCUGCGUCGCGUGGAACCAUGAAGAAUUUGGAACUCCGCACAUCGUGCAGACAAAUGACAUCUACAUCUCGGGCUUCAAAGGUUUCUUUACCGCUGAAGAGAUGAAUGGUGUGAUCCGACAUGCCGAAUACCCACAGCGUUCUCCUUUCGCCAUGCGCAGUUUCCAGCGUACCUUCGAGAGCACCAUCAGCACACUGUACAAGUUCCCUUGGUAUGCUACCGGCUUGUAUACCUUGCAGCAGCGAGAUGUCCUAUUCAAGACGUACACCCGCCAACUGGAAAUCCUCAUCCUCAAGGUUGAUCCUGGCAGUGCUAUUUCCCGCGAAGUUGGCCUUGAUAACAAAUUGUUGAUGGACUUUUUGUUCGCCGGCAUGAACUGCGCUGGCUUCUCAGAGCGUCAGAAGGCUACCGUCGCUGAUGCGUCUCUUCGCGUUGGCCCUGGAAUGCGCAUCAGUGUUCAUGCUCGCAAUUGGCCAUUUCAAACUCUCGCAGCCAAUCCAGUCAUGCUGUCAGAUCAAGACAUCGGCAUGUGGUUUGAGGUCAUGAACAUGGGUCUUGCCGCAUUUGAAGGAGAAGGUCAUAACUUCAUUGGUGUUCAACCUCACCUGCAGGUGAUCAGAGGCAACAACGGCUAUCCAUUGUUCACUUACAGCGAGUCUGGUGCUGAGCUUUCGCGCAAGGCGUUCUCCCGAAUGGAAACGAAGAUGUUGCGUGUCCUCAUGCGAAAGGGUUGGUCUGUCUACAUGGGUCAACUUGGCCUGGCUCCGGCUCUUGGUCUUGAUCAGGACGUUUUCGGAGGCAACGGUCUUGCGCCAGCUUACAGCGCCGAUGACGACGAGUUCAAAGACGAUGGCCAGGAAGACACUAUCGAUGGUGAAGCUCAUCAUGAAUACACGGAUGAAGAGCGUCUAGCCGCAUACCAGAAAGUUCUUGCCGACAUCAAGCGAGAAGAGGGGGCGAUGCUUCUGGGACAAAUUGACCGCUUUGCGAACCGCAGCUACCCCAACCCCGACGCUGGUCUUGCUGAAGGCAUGAUGGCUCUCGACAUUGGCACAGGUAGACCCCUGCAUCGUGCUGCGCUCAAUCCCGAGUCCCACAAUUUCCAACCACGAGGCUGGAAUCCAAACGUCGCUGUCAACCCUGCUGUCGGUAUUGCACCUCGAUUCAUGCCACCGCAGGUUUGGAAUCAGACUGGCGCGACCGGCACUGCUGCUACUACAGCCUUUGGCGGCACUGGCUUGGGUAAUGGUACAAUCAGCCCAUCACAGGCGCUUAGUCCCACACGAGUUAUGAGUCCUCCACGCAUCAGUACUGGUCGCCGCCACACCGACACCAGUCCCGUUCGAUCUCUUGGUGUUGCACCUGUUUUCCAGGUUCCUGCUCGUCGCCAGACUCGUGGAGUCAGUAUUACCGACACAGACGACACACCGGUCGCUCUUCCAGCUACUGGCGAAACCAGUCCUCCCUUGAGACGUAUCACAGCCAGACUUGAGAACACUGUGAGAACGGAGUCUGCCAAUGCUAGUCCUCGUUUCUCUAACGACGCGACCCCGGCUAUGAUGCCUACUACCCGCAGUUUGCCACCUACACCUGCCGGAAUGGUCCAUCCUCUUCCAGAGAAGCCUCCUGUUGUCCUCAUGCCUUCUGCUGGUAGGCCUAGCCCUGGUCACACUCGCAACUACGGCAUGACUUCCAACAUGACUUUUGGUGCAGGCUAUGGCUCCGCUGGUAACGGUUGGGCGUAUCGACUUGGUUCUCCCGUUCGUCCAAACAUAGGUGCUCCGCUGGCAACUGGCUUCACUGGUAUGGGCAUGGGUCCUGGCCUCUAUGGUUCUGGUCCUCCAUCUCGUCGCGCCAGUCUCGGUCAAGGUAUGCCACCUAGUGCUGCUGGCUUCGCGACUGCUGUAGGCACUGGCUCGCCUCGUCGAUUCGGUUCGCCAAGUCGUCCUAGCUCUACCACCCCGUUGGGAGGUAUGGGUAUGUCUCGCUUGUCGCCCAUCGGAACAGGUGCGAGUACUGGUUUGGUUCAGGCCGACCCUCCCCGUCCCGGAAGUCAUGUCCGUACUCAGUCUCGCCUGAGCAUGACCGAUACUAUCGACGAAGAAGGUGGAGAUGAGGAAGUCGAUACCUCGGACAUGGGUCGCAAGUACUACCGAGCACAUUGCUCGUCUUCACAUGAUGCAGUCAUGGAUUGA